CAUUUUGGGUUUCAACCGACUAGCCUUUGCGGUAGUAGCUAGCCAGCUAGUUACUUUUUAAUCGGGAGAAAGGUUAUUGUUUCUAGUCUAUCUUCACGCCGCUGAGUUGUAUUGUUAGAAGACAAGCGGUUUUCACAGUGUCCAGUCCACGAUGAAUCCCGAAUAUGACUAUUUAUUCAAGCUGCUCUUGAUUGGUGACUCUGGUGUUGGAAAGUCUUGCCUUCUUCUCCGAUUUGCAGAUGACACAUAUACAGAAAGCUACAUUAGCACUAUCGGUGUGGACUUUAAAAUAAGAACUAUAGAAUUAGACGGAAAGACCAUCAAACUUCAAAUCUGGGAUACAGCAGGGCAGGAGAGGUUUCGCACAAUCACAUCCAGUUACUACAGAGGAGCACAUGGCAUUAUUGUAGUCUAUGAUGUUACAGAUCAGGAGUCCUUCAAUAAUGUUAAACAGUGGCUACAGGAGAUUGACCGCUAUGCCAGUGAAAAUGUUAACAAGUUAUUGGUUGGCAACAAGUGUGACUUAACAACAAAAAAAGUGGUGGACUACACAACGGCAAAGGAAUUUGCUGAUUCCCUUGGCAUUCCUUUCUUGGAAACUAGUGCUAAGAAUGCCACUAAUGUGGAGCAGGCCUUCAUGACCAUGGCUGCCGAGAUCAAGAAGAGAAUGGGCCCCGGAGCCACAGCUGGGGGUGCUGAGAAGUCUAACGUGAAGAUCCAGAGCACUCCAGUGAAGCCUGCAUCUGGAGGCUGCUGCUGAGGCUUCCUCGACCCCAACCCCCUCACCUCGGCCCAUCAUUUGUUAUGGAGCAAAGAUGGAAUAUGAAGAAAAGAAAGAAUAAAAGAGAGUGUGAAGCAGUCAACAGUUUAAGUUACCCAAGUUGUACUGUAUGUAGCCGCACUACCAAAAACAUUCAAAAAUCUGCUGCCCCCCCCCCCCCCCCCCAGUCCCUU